ACAUUUUUAAAUAUUUUAAAUACAAUUUAAGACUUUUUGAGCGACUAUCAUAUUAUACCAUUAAAUUAAUUUUUUUUCAUUUCAGGGGGGAGGGGCUGCAGCUUCCUGUCUACGCCACUGAAUGUUGUUAUUAUGACUGUUGCCGCCGCAACAUAACAACAUAAUAUUAUGUUUAUAUUUUAAUUAAUAUUAACACUGGUCACGGAGGACAGCUGGUCUCACACACACAUAGCACUUUAUUAAUUUUGUAUUGUUUUAUUUUCGUAUUGAAUGUGUCUUGUGAGUUAUACACAAGACACAUUAUAAUAUGUAGAUUAAAUGUUAUCGCACGCCGCCGCGCCGUCUACGCGAAUAUUACUUAGCACGGCCGCCGUGAAUCUGUCCUGUUUUGUACGUCUUACCGAGAACACCGACGUGUCUCAAACUAUUAAAUAUUUUUUCUUACUCUAUAAGUAAAGGGUGAACACUAUAAUUUUUUAACGUGACAGUGAACACGAUCGAGCCUAUAUUGUUAUUAAUUGUAUUAUCUUUUAUUAUUGUGAGCCAUAAAGGCAUUAUUAUUAUAUUAUUUGUCCAGAGUUUACGUGUGUGAAUCGUCAUUCGUCACUUAUUAUUAUUAUAUUAUUGUGUAUCAUUUUAUAUAAUUUUAGCACAGGACCAGCUAUACUCCGGCCCACGAGAGUCCAUACGUAAACCGCGCAUUCAUAUAGUAAUACGUGACGUCUGUUUUCUCCCACCAUGAUGCCAUUCCCUCUAUUCGGCUACGUGCCCAUGCGCCGUGACGGACGCAUUCUGACAUAAUAUGGACUCUCGUGGGCCGGAGUAUAGCUAGACUACGCUCCACAAACUGUGAGUUUUUAUUAUUAUGUUAUUAUUUAUUUUAUAUUGAAUCUGUUGAGUCAUAAGGGCCGCAGAUAUAUUCUUAUUAUUAUAGUAUCGUGUGCCAUAAGGGCCACGUAUUCUUUUUCUAUUUUAUACGUAACUUCACACGAGCUAACAGCUUAAAUAGCUACCCAUAAUAUUAUUGUAAUUUAUUCUGUUCAGCCAUAAGGGUUGUACAUUAUUAGUUUAUUAUUUAUUAUAUUUAUGCCGCUUGGCUAAGAGCAUGCAUUACUUAUUUAUUAUAUUUAUGCUGCUGGCUAUAAGAUCCGUGCACUAAUUAUUAUAUACUUAUUUAUUUAUUUUUUUAUUUAUUUAUUUAUUAUCAUAAUUUUAUACAGUUGUGUUGAUGUGAUUUUUUACAUAUUUGUGUCAUUAUUAUUAUUGUGUAUUAUACAGCAACAGCAACUUAUUACCAGAAACCGUGUUACCAUUUUAUUAUUAUUGUUUUAUUGUACACACACACCCACACGCAUACACACAUUAAUACACAAAUACACAUAAUCCACAACAAUCACUACAUAGCCGACAGUAAUUGCUAGGCGAUCCCGACCACUACUGUUCGAGCUAUUACACCACUACACACCCAGCUAGUCCUCCAUAAUAUAUUUUUUAGACCUAGGUGUUAGUGGCGUAAGAGUUUGGUGUCCGGACUCAAUAUGUUGUUACUUUUUAAUUUUUAUACAGUAUUAAAUUAUAUUCAACAAAUAUGUUUUGUUUCUUAUUAUUAUUGUACCUACCAUAAUAUAGAAAUUAAAACUUUAUUUUAGUAGAAUUAUUCCAAAUGGAACCCAUAAGACAACCAAGGGGAAAAGCCCGCAGAUAUCCUCGAUUCCCAACCAUUCAACCAGGUGUAUCAGGUUUUUCGAAUUCACCUCCUCGAGGAAUAAAUGGAGGACCUAGAUCAACCAUAUCACAGCCAAUACCUUCUUCACCGCCACUAAAAAACCAGUUAUGGGUUCAAUGUCAUGGCAACCUCGUCCAAUGCCACCACGACCUACUGAUGCACCCCAGCAAAAAGCCCCUAGGCCACUAGGGCUAAGACCUGGGAUGUAUGCUGAUAAUUUACCUUGUCGUGGAAUGUCUAGUGAUAAUGUAACCCUUAAACAAGACUCUAUGGCAGGGGAAAGAAUCUAUUUGAAAUUUCAUAUUAUUUAAAAAUAUUAAUUUUAUGCAUUUAUUUAAGGUGCAACAAAUUACAGAAGGUCUUAAAAAUUUGGGUGCAGGAGAUGUACAACUAGUACCGUUAGGGCGUGGAGCAGUACGAGGGCGAAAACAGAUUGGUCUUGAACAUUUUAAAACACCAAGACCUCAAUCAUCAUUGGGUGAUAUUGGAAAACAAGAAAAAAUUGAUUUUCAAAUACUAUCUGGCUCGUGUAUUAGAGUUAAAAUGUACUAUGUAUAAUCAAUGGUAACAAGUUGGUUGAACUCACUGGUCGUACAUUACAACCAGAGGUAAUUUAUAGUCGUUCUAAAGACUAUAAUGGUGAAGAAGCUGAUUGGACAAGGCAUAUACGCUCAUUACCAUUGUUCACCUCUGCCAUUGUGAAACUUUGGACCAUUCUAGCUCCGAAAGACUGUUACGGCGUGUUACCGUGAAGUAGAAGCAUUUGCUCAAAGUCUUGCAAGAGCAGCACAAGGCAUGAUAUUUGCACUACCCAGGCCUGUUAUUUUCCCUAUGGCUGAUGGGAAAUCAAAUACAUUUUUAAACGAUCUGGAAAAAGUAAUUAAUGAAUCGAAUCCGUCAUUGAUUUUAUGUGUUAUUCCGUCAGCACGUGGUGAUAUGUAUAGUAUGAUUAAAAGAAAACUAUGUAUUGAUAGAUCAGGGGAUGAUGAUAGUUGGUUUUGAUGUGUGUCAUGACAGCCAGCAGAAAAACCUUUCAUUUGGGACUUUAGUAUCAACGAUGAAUGAUGCUUAUACAAGUUACUUCAGCUGUGUGGAACCACACGAAAGUGGAGAGGAACUCUCUGUUCAUUUUGCUACAGGCAUAAGCAAGGCAUUGGCUAAGUAUAGGACUAAAAAUGGUGCAUUACCUACUUCGAUAAUUGUACAUAGAGAUGGUGUUGGAGAAGGUCAAAUAUCACACGUCCAUAAGACAGAAGUUAGGCUUUUGCAGACUGCUUGUGAACAUUUUUAUGGGAAAAGUUCUGUCCCAUUAGCAUUUGUUAUAGUCACACAACGAAUUAGAACAAGAUUUUUUGCUCUUAGCAACAGAGGGCCUGAAAAUCCUCUACCCGGUACAAUUAUUGAUAGCGUUGUUACAGAUCCAACUAAAUUUCUUUUUGGUAUCACAACAUGUAAGACAGGGUACUGUAACUCUUACACAUUAUCAAGUCAUUGAAGAUACACUUGGACUUCUUCCAAAUAUUAUGCAAAGACUUACAUUCAAAUUGACCCAUAUGUACUACAAUUGGUCGGGUACAGUUCGAGUUCUUGCUCCAUGUCAGUUGGCUCACAAGUUGGCAUUCCUCACUGGGCAGAGUCUCAGACGUUCGCCCAACAUUGGAUUGGAUGAGUUGUUAUACUUCCUUUAAUAUA